UGCACAUCUCCAAGUACAGUUCUUUGUCGACUAACAAUGUCGGCGGUACCACUUUACACUGCUGUUCCUUCAGGCCAGUACCCGCCAUUUGCGGUAGUUACGGACAAUGACCAUCGCGCCUGGAUUAUCAUCGCGGCAGCGAUGGGCAUCUCGUUCAUGCUCGUGGCACUGGUGACCAGAGUGCUGAUUCGAAAAUUCGUCAGUCUGGGAUGGGCACUUGACGAUACAAUUUUGACGAUAUCAACGGGUGUCGCUUUCGUGCAAGCUUCGCUGAUCCUGUCCGCGUGCGCAGACGGCCUUGGAACGCCAAUCAAGUUGAUUUCUCCAGAAUUGCAAGCUCGCAUCGAAAAAUCGUAUUACAUGAGCAACCUACUCUAUCUAUGCGCUCUCGACCUUUCCAAGGUCUCCACCAUUCUGUUUCUUCGGAGACUAAUGGCUCCGGGUUCGAAUAUGCGUUGGUAUUGUACAAUUUUAGUGGGAAUGGUACCGGCAACAACGGUUGUCUUUGUGCUCGCCGUUGCGCUACAGUGUGAUUUAUCCCACCCUUGGGUGAUUGUUCACCAGAAAUGUUCAGGAUGGUUUCUCAGAUGGGAGGUCCAAGGGGCUGUCUCAAGCUUGUUUGAAGUCGCCAUCUUUGCUGCACCAAUUUGGCUUGUUUUGAAACUUCGCAAACCGCUCGAGACAAAGCUGGAAAUCGUUGCACCCUUUGCUCUACGACUACUCAUUAUCGUACUCACUGGGUUGCGCCUCGCCAGCUUCGAUCAAGCAGAUUUCGCAACCGACCCGACCUUGCGUGAAUCGAGAUAUAUCUGCUGGACACAAGCCGAGAUGAGCUACGCUGUCAUCGGAGCAACACUUCCCACCGCUCGCAGACUCGUACUCGACCUAAUCACGUUCUACAACGGCGGAUACUUCGGCAGCACGGCAGAGAGCGCCAAUCGCAGUGGAGCCUACCAGAUGACGAAGCUGACGUCGAGGGUCAAGCGGAAUGCUAAGCUCGCGAGCACAAGGACUGACCAGGAUGCCGCAUGUGACGAUGGUGACAAUAACAGUCAGGAGAUGAUCAUAAGGAAGGAUAUCACAGUUGAGGUCAUACAUGAGCAGGGCAAGUCCGAGCCUGGGGAGUUCGCGCGCGUAAUCCCGGAUAAUUGGAAACCUAUGAAUGAAAGAUGACCUUUGUACUAUUAACUGAGCUUGUGGAGGUAUGAUGAGCAUUUUCUAAGAAGACCUUCAGCCGAAAAAAUCAGGGCCAGAGACAGUCCAUAGAAACACGCGCUCUAGGUGCACCAGACCCAGAUGUGGACCGCGGGCGGCAGCACAGAC